AUGGCUCAACAAUUACUUGAAAAGGCGAAGGAACCAAACGUCAUCCAAGCACUAGUUGAGAUUGAAAAUCUCAGAACCAAGAAUGCUCAACAGUGGGUACGUUUAGAUGCUGAACAAUUGUUCGAUUUUCCAAUCUUGACACUGGACUUUAUAAAAAACCUUACAGUUGACAUUGUCGCAUCACCGCCUGCACGAAAUAAAUACGAUGCAGUGAAGGCCCGAAUUAUUUCGUCUUUUGAUGAAUCUAGUGAGUCGAAACUCCGACGAUUGCUGCAGGGAUUAGACCUUGGUGAAGAGAGGCCGUCUUAUUGUCUACAACGUCUUCGAAAUUUAGCAGCAGGACAAUGUUCCCAUUCAGUUUUACGCACUCUAUUUUUAGAGCGAUUGCCUGAUCCUGUCCGAGGAAUCCUCGCCGCCAACGAUACGGCUGAUUUAGUCCAGCUCGCACUUCAAGCUGAUGAAAUCAUGGAUUACACAAGAGGUGCCCCGCGAAUCAACGCCGUGAAUUCUUUGUCAAUACCGGAUCAUUCAACUGAAAUUGCCGAAUUGCAUCGCCGUAUUGAGGAGUUGACACGUCAACCGGAGCACACCUUGACAACAAAAGACAGCCGUAUGCUACUACCAUUCAAAAUUUGGAAACAAUGCGAAGAAAUGUCGACAACCAUGUGCCUGGCCUGGCACACCACCGCCGUCGGGAAACUGAAUCAGCCAAACCGCAUCGAGGCAAGCGGAGAGACUAACCAAGCUGAACGAUGCCUCAUCAUUACAGACGCCACAUCCGGAAUGCGUUAUUUGGUGGAUUUGAGGGCCGAUGUCUCCGUGUUGCCACGCAAAGCAGCCAGAGAGAACUCGAUAUCAAAAACAUAUCAACUUUUUGCGGCAAACGGAUCAACUAUCGCUACAUACGGCGAAAAGCUAAUUGCAGUCGAUCUUGGCAGACGCCGUAAAUAUGAGUGGAUCUUCAUCGUUGCGAACGUGACGCAGGCAAUUUUAGGUGCCGAUUUCUUCACACAUCAUAAUCUGAUGAUCGACCUUCGGUGA